CAGCAGGUUUUAAAAAUGAUUUUUUUCAAAGAGGUAAUUCUUGGUUUUAGGUAUUGGGUUAUUGCUUCCGGGUGGUGUUUUUUCCGCAGAAAUGUAAAUGACAGACAAGAAGACAUUGAACGUGCAAAGACUGAAGGCAAAGAGCUGACCAAAGAAGAGAAGCAGCGUCUGAGGAAAGAGAAGAAACAGCAGAAAAAAAACAAAGAGAAGAAAGAUGAAAAGGCUUCACAGGGAAGUGAGAAAGAAAAGAAGUCGGGCAGCUUAGCUGCUGCAGCUCCGCAGCCCCCAGCGAAGUCGACGACGGUGAAAACUCCCUCAGCAGUGCCUGCUCCUGCACCAGUUUCUGUGCCUUCCUCCUUGGAGGCCCCUGCUCCAGCAGACAAGCCCUCUAAGACUAAAGCGGAGCUGAAAGCUGAAAGGAGAGCUCGACAGGAAGCUGAGAGGGCUAGCAAACCAGGCAAGAAAGGAGAGCCAGGACAGCAGGCAGCUUCAGGCAAACAGAAAGCACCACCCAGCGAGCUGCAGCCAGUAAUAAAGAGGCUUCCUGAACACAUUCAAGUGGACAACCCAGAUGUUUUAAAGAAGCUGGCCAAGAAAUUGGAAAGACAGCAGGUAAUGGGGCUCAACCCUACUAAAAAGAUCCCACUCCGUUUGGACUACGGCUACAAAGUCAGCCUGUUUUCUCAUCUCCACCAGUACAGUCGCAAAGCUCCUCUAACACAACAACUCAGCAUUCCUUCAACAGUGAUUCAUCCUGCUGUUGUUCGACUGGGCCUUCAGUAUUCACAGGGCAUUGUGGCAGGCUCGAACGCUCGCUCUGUUGCCCUGCUGCAUGCCUUCAAACAGGUGAUAAGAGACUAUAUCACUCCUCCAAAUGAAGAGCUAUCCAGAGACCUGGUCAAUAAACUGAAACCAUAUAUCAGUUUUUUGAAUCAGUGUCGCCCCUUGUCAGCCAGCAUGGGUAACGCCAUCAAAUACGUCAAGAAAGAAAUCUCAAAUAUUUCCAGUCAGUGCAAGGAAGAGGAGGCAAAGAGUAAACUCCUGAACUGCAUCGAGUGGUACAUCAAAGAGAAGAUCAUUCUUGCUGCUAAAGCUAUUGCCGAGUCCUCCAUAGAAAAGAUCAACAAUGAAGAUGUGAUUCUAGUUUAUGGAUGCUCAUCACUGGUCAACCACAUCCUGUUUGAGGCCUUUGAGAAAGGAAGGAAGUUCCGCGUUAUAGUCGUGGACAGCAGGCCUCGGCUGGAAGGCCGGGAGGCUUUGAGGCGUUUGGUUCAGAGAGGCAUCAGCUGCACCUACGUUCUUAUCUCAGCCGUCUCUUACAUCCUUCCAGAGGUAUCUAAGGUGUUUCUUGGUGCUCAUGCUCUCCUGGCCAACGGCUAUGUCAUGUCUCGAGUGGGCACUUCACAGAUAGCUCUGGUGGCCAGAGCUUUUAACGUGCCUGUUCUGGUUUGUUGUGAGACCUACAAGUUCUGUGAGCGGGUGCAGACGGACUCCUUCGUAUCUAAUGAACUCGAUGACCCCGAUGACCUCAUGGUGACCCGUAAUGGUAAGACCCAGUUGGAGAGCUGGCAGGAAGUGCCCUCUCUUGGUCUGCUGAAUCUAGUGUACGACGUGACGCCGCCUGAUUUUGUGGAUCUAGUCAUCACAGAACUGGGAAUGAUCCCGUGCACCUCGGUCCCCGUGGUGCUCCGAGUCAAAAACGUGGACCAGUGAACAACCAGUUUGUGUGUGCAUGUGAAUGCUUAUACACAUCACACUAUAUCGUGCUUUUAGCAUGAAAUAAAUGUAUAUCUGAAUGGCAUAACCUUUUAAA